AUGCACUUCCCAAAGCUCCUCGUCCUAGCAGGCGUCGCCACAAUGGCAACAGCCCACCCAGGCCCUCACCACGAACCAAGCAAACGUGAACUAUCCCGGCGCAGCAACCUUUCAGCCCGCUGCUCCGACCACGUCGGCAACUACAAUGCAAAGCGCAUAAAGCGCAAUCUCCACAAGCGUUUCCCAGGCGCAACAAGCAACACAACGUACCAAAUCCAAACAGAAGGAAACUACUACAACACCAUCCAGAACGACACCUGCGUCUUGACACCGGAGGUGAUAGAAGGACCGUACAUCUGGUCGCAGUCGCAGACCCUCCGCCAAGAUAUGACAGAGGACCAGCCCGGCGUCCCACUCUGGCUUGACGUCGGCGUGUUGGAUAUGGAGACCUGUGAACCGCUAGAAGGUGUCCUAGUUGAUUUCUGGCAUUGCAAUGCGACAGGCUCGUACUCCAGUUUCACGGGAUUGUCGCCUAACACGCCUUUCUCGGAGUUGCUUGAGCAGCUGAAUGUUACUGAUUUUGCCACUGCGGAUCUGCAUACUGAUGAUACGACUUUCUUGCGAGGAAUGUGGCCUACGGAUAAGCAUGGUAUGAUGGAGAUGAAGACUAUUUUCCCUGGUUUCUACGUCGAACGCUCAAUUCACAUCCACGUCCAGGUGCAUACGGACUGGACCGUCCGUGGAAACGGCACAAUGGCCUACGGCAAGACUGUCAGCACUGGUCAGCUUUACUUCGACGAGCCCUUAUCGCAAAAGAUCAUGGCUCUUGGGCCGUAUGUUUCCCACACGGAGGUCAACCGCACGACGAAUGCUGUUGAUGGUAUUUUCAGUGGUGGCACUGCCAAUGGAUAUAACCCUAUUGUUUCUGUUGUUCCUGUUGACGGUAAUGAUGUUACCAAAGGUAUGAUUGGAUACAUCACUAUCGGUGUUGAUAAGACUGCUGUUGAAGAUGAGUAG